AUGGCAAGCGAAUAUGUCACCGACGAUUCGGAAAACGAGAGCAUGUCCGAGAGCAUGUCGUGUUCAUCUUCGAGCGACCAAGACAACAGUGAAAUCGUCGAAGACGUAUUAGCCGGGACUUAUCAGCCUUAUGCUCACGAACCAUUAGCAGAAACUUCUGACGAGGAUGAACAAGAAGAAGUCGAUGUUGAUGGGAUUCCUUUACAAGAAAUUGAAGACCGAUACGAAGGAAUACAAACGAUUGAAAAUUGGUGUUGUUGUGGGCAUUGCGACGCGUGUUUGUUAUUUGGUCCAAGAGAAUACAGAUGCUGUCACGAGAUAGAUGCGGCAAAUGUUUUUAAGUCAGAACCAACAGAACCUGUUCAAUGCGUUACUGAACAUCCUGAUUUUAACGCUGUUGUAUUGCAUCCUCGAGUCCUGCAAGUUGCAGCGAAUGGAUUGGCUCUCCCUUGCUCCCAGUCAUGA